GAGUCGACUAGCGGAGAUCCGCCAUGACAGUCGAAACGCCGUGACGUCACCAAGCACUCGAACGGGGCGGGGCUCGUAAACAGAGGAAUCGAAAUAAAGGCUCGUGCACUCAUUUUCUACUCGCGAAUAUCUCCACUUUUUGCACCAUAAAGUCCAAGGUCAACCUCCUGUGAUGCCGAUUCGCCGAGCAGCAGCAACUCCAACCCAGGAGAAGCCCCUCUCGGCUGCAGCAGAGACAGGGCCAGAAGACACCCCCGAGGAGUCUCUGUCCGCUGCAGGGGAGCAGCCCGUGUCCUCCGCAGAGGCUUCCGGCAAGGGCGACGCAAAGGCGGGCGACUCGGCCGAGCCGACGGAGAAUGGCGAGAAGGUGGAUGAAGGGGCCGUCGACAAGUCUGAUGACGGGACAGGGAAAAAAGAUGACAAAUGCAAGGACUGCGUGGCUGGCCAGUGCGCAACACACUGCUAUGUUCUCCUACUAAGGCUGAAAGAUGGCUACAAGUACAAGAAAGCCAAAGUCAAGAAGGUGAAGAGGACUAUACCGGUGUGGGCCAGUGUUAGCGCCAGAAAGAAGCUUCCUGUCGCCAACUACGCCGGCACGCACAAUAGACUGGACCAUCUCCUCAUCGAAGCCAUCACGUCUUUUAAUCACAGGUCUGGAGUUUCCUACCAGUCGGUCAUGAAGUACAUUGCCAAAAAGUGCCCCGAGAUGGAGCUGGACAAGAAGAAGUUUCACAUCAAGAAGGCGAUGAAGAAGCAACUGGAGAAAGGCACCAUCAAGCAGCUGAAGGGCAAAGGCCUCUCGGGAACUUUCACCAUUGGGAAGCAGACCUCCACUUCCAAAAAGGUCGGCUCUAAGCAGGAGGCUCUGGGAGACGCUCUGCCGCUCAUCAUCACGCGUUUGUGCGAGCCCAAAGAGGCGUCAUACCUGCUGAUUAAGAAGUACCUGGAGCAGCACUUCCCCAGCCUUAACAUCGAGAACAGGCCAGAAGUCCUGAAGUCGGCCCUUGUGAGGGCAGUGGAACGAGGACAACUACAGCAGAUCACCGGGAAGGGAGCUUCCGGAACAUUCCAGCUGAAGCGUACUGGCAACCAGGUGCUGCUGAAGGGUGGCACCUUGGAGGACGCCAUCUUGGCUGCCAUCACAGCCAUGAACGAGCCCAAGACGUGCAGCACCACAACUCUGCGCAAGUAUCUGCUUGACGCCAACAAGGACACCAAGGAGUACCAGCUAGUGGCCAAUCUGAGGAGGACCCUGACCAAGUGUAAAGUCCUCGGCUGGAUGGAGCAGAUCACCGGUCACGGUUUCACGGGGACCUACCGGCUCUGCUUUCCGUUCUACCCCAGCCCAACUACUCUGUACCCGGACAAGUUCAACAAGAUGUCUACCAAGCCGUCCUCCAGGUCCAGGCGGAGAGCUGCAUCUGACGAGGAGGAGUCCGAGGAGGAGGAGGAAGAGGAGGAGGAGGAGGAGGAGGAAGAGGAGGAAGAGGAAGAAGCUCCCGUGCGGAAAAGGUCCCCGAAGAGACCCCCUCCCAGGGUCCGCCAUCCACCGACUGCCAAGAAGGCCGGCAGAGGCCGAGGACUCUCUGUGGCCAAAACGUCUCCCGCCAAGAAAGCGGCGGCCAAGAGCGCGACUAAACCCAAGGCGUCGCCUUCUAAAGCCGCCACGCCCGUCAAGAGGCGAGCGCCGGCUAAGAGGCCGAAGACACCCGCUGUCAAACGUCUGAACAAACGCGGCUCCAAGCGACCCGCCACCCCGGAAGAAUCCCCUGAGGAGGAGGAACCCGAAUCAGAAGAGGAGCCCGUGCCCCCGAAAAAGCAGGUAGCUGCCAAGCGUUCCAAGCCCACGUCGCCGGCCAAGCGGCCCGCCAAAAAAGGCGGCGCCAAGCAGUCCAAGCAGGAAGAGGCCACCCCAGCGGAGCCCGAGACCAAGAAGCCGUCGGGCAGAGGUGCGUCCAAGCGCCCCGGGGCCGAGUCCACCCUCGAGGAGCCCGAGGCCAAGAAGCCGUCGGGCAGAGGUGCUUCUCGGCGCUCCGGGGCCGAUGUGAGCCACCAGUCCCCUGCCAAGAAAGCGGCACCUGGUGGCAAGCGGUCCGCCAGGAAGUCCAAGAAAGGGAAGAACUGAGCCCCAUGCUCUCAGUCUGCCACCACCGUCGCUUUCAUCAGUGCUCUCCUUUUCAUUGUCUUCCCCUUUUUAAUGGGGCAGUAGUUCCUUUUUUAUUUUUUGUCAUUUCCACCGUAGAAGGGAAAGGUCAUACCACCAGUUUCCUUUUUAAUCCGUGUGUAGAUAAACUCACUUCAGCUCGGGCCUGACAUCCUGUAACUAGAGCCAUGUAGUUUUAUUUAUUUUGUUUGUUUCUUUCUUUUUUACCUGGUCCGCUCUGUUUUGGCAGCUGGUGUUUUUCCAGGAAGUGUCAUGGUCAUCUUAGUUCAAACCCACAGCCCAUUCUAACACUGUGGAUCCGAGAAGAAGACGUUCCGCCUUUUCAAAACAAACAAAACUGUUUGUUAGCCAUUUUACAACAAAACAAAAAAAGUUCUGGACAUGUCGCUUCUUCUUCAUAUACAUCAAAACAUCAAAUGUCCCUUUGUUUUUUUUGUUUUUUUAAUAUAAAUAUAUAUAUACGUGUGUGAUAGGAAACUGGUUUUAAUGCUUCACAGCUGUAAUUCCGUGCGCAGCUUUGUGUUGUGAAUAAGGAAAAAGCUGCUUAGCGUAGCGUCUCCAUUACCCUGCAUGCAUGUGUAUUCCUUGUGUUGUUCAGCCUUUUUUUCAAGUCAUUAAUAAAAUGGCUCUUUGUAUA